ACUUGGCUGUAACCCGCUUUAUUAUCUGCUGAGCUCGGACUGGUUGGCUAUCGGAUUUAUAGAAGGGAUUGUGACCUUCAGGCUGUUGGGGUCUCAAGAGAUGGUGGCGUUCUUGUUGCUACAUCACCAUGAUCCUGGGUGCGGUCUAUCUUCAGCUUAAUUCUGAUACGACACGAUACCAGGAGUAUGUCGAUGGGCUGGAGAUCGUCGCUGAGGCCAAUGCUGAUUGUCAGCUUGUUAUGGUGGGAGAUUACAAUCUUCCUUCCGUCACAUGGCACUCAAAUCCACUACAGUUUGCUCAGAUUGGCUAUGUGGAUCCGGGUCAUCGCAUGAAGGCUGAACUCAUCUGCGGCUGUUUUUCAUCUUUGGGACUGUCCCAACUGAUUCCACCACAUUCAUCGAAGGACUACUCGUUGGACCUAUUGUUUGGAUCCCCUGAUUUCAUCGAUCUCUUUGAACUGAAUGAACAGCUUGUGCCUACCGAUGGUCAUCAUGUUCCGAGUGCUUUUAAUGUUAAUAUUUGUUGUGAUAGUGAUUUUGUACCUGUGUCAAAGCGUAACUUUUUUGCUGCCGAUUACGAAUCAAUUGUUAACCAUCUUAGUGAUGUGGACUGGGAUUCGAUCCUUUCUAGUGACUGUCUCGAUGAUAUUUUGUGCGGUUUUUAUAAUGUUGUGGGCACCUGUAUUAGCAAACAGGUUCCUUUGUCGAGAUCGAGUCCUAGUACAUAUUCUGUAUGGUAUAAUCGAGAACUUAUACGUACUAUUAGAGAUAAAAAGUUGUCUCAUAAAGCGUGGAAGCUCACUGGCGAAACCAGCGAUGAAAUUGUAUUUAAGAGGCUCCGCGCCGUUUGUAUCCGGAUGUCGAGAUCUCGGUACCGGGAUUAUGUUCAAUCUGUGGAAACCGGCCUUAGGUCCAACAUAAACGCGUUCUGGUCAUUUGUCAAUGGUUUGAAGGGCGAGGCUGGUAUUCCAGUUACAACGUAUCUUGAUGGUUUAAAGGCUGAAUCGAAGCCUGAAACGGUUAACUUGUUCUCUUCCCAUUUCAAUUCAGUUUAUAACUGUAGUCCAGCUAGCCCUUUGAAUCGUCUUCUUCAUUCGUACGAGCUUAUUUCCAACGUAAGUGUUUUGGCGGAGGAUUUGCACCCUUUCGUCCGUGAGUUGAAAUGCACGGCGAACCCUGGUCCGGACAAUGUACAUAAUGUUUUUCUUAAGCGCUGCUGGCCAGUCUUGGAGAGGCCCCAUAGUCGAUAUUUUUAACAAGAUGUUGGCUAAUGGGUAUUUUCCUAAGGCGUGGAAGCGUUCUUAUAUUUUUCCGGUGUUUAAACAUGGCGAUAGACAUGAUGUCAAAAAUUAUAGGCCUAUUUCUCUCAUCAGCUGCAUUCCGAAGCUUUUCGAUGCGUUUUUGACUGACGUAUUGUCCCAGCGACUACUUUGUAAGAUCAUUGCUCUGCAGCACGGCUUUCUGCCUGGCCGAUCGACCUUAACUAACCUCUUGAUUUUUAAUGACUGUCUCUGAUGCCGAUGAGAACUAGGUUUAAGUGGACACUAUCUAUGUGGAUUUCUCUAAGGCUUUCGAUAGAGUUGAUCAUGACAGGUUGCUGGCUAAGCUGUGGAACUUUGGUGUUCGAGGUUCCAUAUUUGAUCUAUUGUCAUCUUAUCUUUCGAACCGCUAUCAGUCUGUCAGAAUAAAUAAUAGUGUGUCUCCAGCUGUCUUGGUGUCGUCUGGCGUACCUCAGGGCUCUCACCUGGGUCCUUUACUGUUUUGCAUCUAUAUUGAUGAUCUUGUGAAGCAAUUUCGCUUUGCGAAUGCCCUGUUGUUCGCUGACGAUGUCAAGAUUUUUAUGCGUAUUCAUUCGGAAGAUGAUGUGGAGAGACUGAGGGCUGAUCUUAAUGCUUUGGGCGGUUGGGCAUGCGAAAAUGGCCUGGUUAUAAACGCGGCCAAGAGCCAGGUUGUGUCAUUUUAUAGAGGCAAGACGCAACUACAGUUCCAGUACGAGCUUGACGGAUCGGUUAUUGCCCGCACGAAGGUGGUUAGGGACUUGGGGAUUUUAUUUGACUCGCGCUUAACCUUUAGACCUCAUGUUGAUUACGUGGUCUCUAGGUGUCGUGGGCUGAUCGGAUUUUUGAAGAGAACUACUCGUGACUUUUCCAACAUAUCCGCUAUUCUUUCUCUUUAUAAUACUCUGGUCAUGCCUACUUUCAUCUAUUGUUGUCAAAUUUGGUCUCCAUACACUCAAAUUGCUAUUAACCAUCUAGAUUCCGUUCAACAUAAAUUCAUUUGUUAAUUGGCCAACAGGUCCGGCCAGCCCAUGGCGCCUAUUGAUCACGAUUAUUCACUCAUUGCGACAUCGUUGGGUAUUCCUUCGACACAGUCAGUACAUCGGUACCAUGAUGGUCUGCUUACGUUUAAACUUUUGCGUAAUUUUAUGAUUCGUCCGACGAUUUCCGAACUUUUCUCAGUUAGACAAUUAUACUAUAAUCUGCGUAGCCAUAGAUUUAUACAUGAGCAUCUGGCGCAUUCGAACUUUGGGUUCUAUUCGACCUUACCCAGCCUAAAGCGUGCCUGGAAUUCUCUCCCUCAACGUAUCACUGUCAUUGAGCAAUUGUCGGAAUUUAAAGUGAAUCUCAAAUCAUUUGUAUCGGCAUUUAGUUAGGUAACUUGGUUUAUAUUAUCUUGUUGUUUUAUAUUGUUCGUUCUACUCAAUAUUUUAUGUACCUGAAUUCUAUAUUUUUGUAAGGGAAUUCUUGCCCGUAGAUUUAUAAAUACACAAAUAAACAAAUGAACUUUAUAGUAA